AAAGAAAAUGAUGCUAUAAUAAAUGAAUUAUCAUCCAAUGAGACACUUGGAUAGUGGCAGAAUCGUAAAUAAGUGGAAAAGAAGAGGAAGCAGCGGUUUCAUCACGAAGAACAACAACACAGCUUUUAUUUGAAAAUGGCUCCACUUCACGAGGUCUCUCUCCUUCUUUCUCUCUCGCCGUAGGCUUUACUCGAGAACCAGACCCAGAGAUUGGUACUUUCGUAUUCAUUAUAUUAUAUAUACACUACGCACAUUGUAGAGAAAAACACAAUUUAAAAUUACGAAACAAAUAUAAGUUCUUUGAUGUUGCGUUUGAAUUCUCCAAGGUUGUCUCUUUCCUUCUCUGCUUUCGAGUGAUUCUCUCUCCCUCUCUCUUUCGCAACGGUAACAAAGGAUUUUACUUUUCAAAAUCCGACAGAGAAAGAGACAGACAAAGAAAAGACCAGAACAGGAGCUUUCAUCUAGUCUACUCUUAAACUGAUGUCUUUCUUCUUCUGACACUAUUUACCAGAAAAAAAAGACAGAGACAAAGACAGACACUUUCGCUGUCUUUUUUAAAGUUGGCGGUGAAAAAAUGGAGAGAAGAAACGAACAGACGAUGAUAAAGAGAUCGAAGUGGCAAUACCCACAAGUGGGCCUUCCUACGCCGAGGAUCCUUCAGCUGCCACGUAGGCAAAGUGUGCGACGGAGUGCAGCAAAGGGGAAGACAACAACACCUUCUUCUUCUUCUUCUUCUUCUUAUUCUUCCUCGACUCAGAAGGAUCAGAGAGUGAAACUGGAGGUUCUGUUUCACCAAGAGAGAUCCUUUGAUCGAGGAGGGGGACCUGUUGUGAUGGAUGAGGGAAGGAGAAGAGAGAAAGUUGCAGAAGGGAGAGAGAUCGGUGGGGCGUCUUCUAAUGAAGUAGAUGAAGCCAAGUGGAGGUUUCAGACGGAGAUGUUGAGAUCAGAGUGUAACUUGUUAAGGAUUGAAAAAGAGAUUGCGUUGAAGAAGAUGGAGAGGAGGAAGAAGCGAAUGGAGAAAACUCUUAGAUCCGCUGUUAAUACUCUCCUCUCUGGGAAACAAAGAAUCUCAGAAGGGAAGAAAGAGAGCAAUGUUUUGGAAGAUGAGAUAAGCUAUUUGAUUGAGAAACUAAAUGAGUUAAAGUCUCCAAAGGUCAAUAAGGACAUGGAAGAAGCUAGAAACUUCAGACAUAACUUUGACAAGAAAGCUUCUGUUUUAAGAAGAGAGCUGGAGAAGUUGGAUGAAGGAGAGGUUUGUGUUCAAGGGAUUCAGAAAAUGGCUGAGGCUAGCUUCUUGGUCAACAGCAAUAACGGCAAUAUAGAUACAUUGAGUAAUAAAAUGGAGGCGUUGUCGAUUCUCUCCAAAACCAUUGAUCUUCAAGAUGUAUCUGUACAAGACAAGUAUACUAAGAAAGACUGUUCUAGACAUUGCAAAGCAGUUAUGAGAAAGAUCGCGGAUCAAGUGAGAGCAGAAGCUGAGCAAUGGUCACAAAUGCAAGAGAUGUUGGGUCAAGUGAGGAAUGAAAUGGAGGAACUUCAAUCUUGUCGUGAUUUCUGGCAAAACCGCGCUCUCGAAUCAGAUUCUCAGAUACAGAAUCUACAUUCCUCUGUUGAAGGUUGGAGAAAAAAGGCUUUAUCAUCAGAAGCAAAGCUUAAGAACAUACAAGCAGAGGUUUGCGGGCUACAGGAAGAGAUCAAAAGAUUGAGGAAGGAAGGUAAUAAGUUAGAACCAGAGAAGAACAAGUUGCCAACAGAGUCAGAGAAGAGAGUAUUGAUUUGUAGGUUGAAAGAAAACAGACAUAGCAACAAUGGAGAUUGGUCUAAGUACAGUGAAGGAAGAACAGCAAAACCGUCGUGCUCAAGACAGCCUUUGAGAGAGAUUAAAAACGGUUCAGUGGCAGUAACAAGGCAGAGAAACACUACAAUGUCAUGAAAAUGUAACCUUGUUUUUUUUUUUUCUGACAAAAAAAAACAGAUUCUUUUCUGGUUAUCUAUGGUUAAUAAAUUCAAAUUGAGUUCAUGAAAACUUGGGUGAACCAAUGUCAACUUCAAAUUCACCAUAAAAUAUGGGUUAUUUUGUCAAAACCCCUUAAUCCAGUGGUUUGAUUGACGAAGAUUUGAGUUUUAAACCUUUUUAUUUUUUGUUCAAAGAGUUUUAAACCUUAUAAAA